UUCUUAACCACUACGAGGAGUGUCUGUGUCUCAGUCUCGCACUCGCCGUUCGGUUAAGUAGAUAUGACUCAUCUACAUCUACUCUUUCAAACCCGAAACCCUUUUAGUUGCAAUGCUUCGAUCUUCUGGUGUAUGCUAGCCAAAUAGAUGAGACUAGUACCACUUUCUUCAUCAAAAAGUUCCAAACAAAGCCAGAGGGCAGACAACACGUCACAGUGGAGAAACGUAAGUGCGAUCGAACUCCGUACUUCAGUCAUCAGCGCGAAGUGCUGCGCAAACGACGAUGACGUCACAAAGAGAAUAUAAAAGUGACGCACAUAGUUCUGCGCAUGUCGAUGCUGCUGCUGGGGUGGAGAGUCCGGAUCUAAAAGAGCAACGUGCUGCUGGUAACAGAGCGGCCUCAUUUUUAAUAUUUCUCGGUGUUCACCUCUACUGCCUUGUUCUGCUGUAUCUCGUCGCGGUGUCGUCGUGCUGGACAAGAAGCCUAGGCCUAGUAGACUUAGUCGACCUCCACGAAAAUUUCGCAGCCGCCUUAAAGGUCGAGCCAGAAGAGAUGAAAAGUGCGAGUGUCCGCCGAGCAUUCCUGCAAUUCACAAGACUCAGUGUAUUUCAUUUAUCAAACACCGAUUCGCUCUGUCCCUGAUGUCUCCAAGAAGAUGAUCAGAAACAAGCAUUUUAUUGACAUUGAGUUCUCCUUUAUUUUGGUCUGGACAAUUGAUUCCCCCGCACGAAUAUCACACUCACCUAUCCUUCCAUCACCCACAGUGGAUGCUCGUUGCGUGCAUCGUAGUAGCGAUAUGGACGGGUUCUCGUACAGUAAGGGGCUGCGCGUCGCAUGCUACUGCCGAUUUGGUCGGCAUAUGUGUGAAUGCAGCAGUAAUUACUCUUGCUGUUUGCCGACUUACCUUGUUGCGAAACGCGGCAUCCCCGGGUGCUUUUGAUCGACUGCGAGGUCGGCACGCGAUGGCAUACCAUUACUGGUAUUCUUUCCGUAGAUCAUGAUAAAUUUCAAAAUAGAAACUUCUAACUACAUUAGCUGUGUCUCUACUUUGAAUCAUCUGACAACUAAUGAACACGUUAUCAUGCGCUGACAACUAACCUGACUCGUCAAUCCACUUUAAAUCAGCAUGGGCACCGAAGCAAUGGCGAUAGUGAUGCUUCCCGCAAGCUGUUGUCUCUUUGGAUUUCUUUGGUCGCACUUCGUGAAGAGAACAAAGUGGUCAUCGACGCAUACUCCUGGUCCUGAUGUGGAGCAAAGUAAGCGUGAGUUCCUUGACGGCGACAUCACGGAGACGAAAAGCAUGCAACAAUUAGAAUUGAUAGAAGUGGUCAAUGGUAAUACUCACGUUGUCCUGACAUUGGCAGACAGAUGAUACACUGGAACCAUAAUUAAGACCAAGGAAACCUAUUUCUCUUCACGCACGACCACCAACUUCUAGCUCUUCAUAGGGGUAGUCCCAUAGAGAUACACACAUAAAUAAACUCAUAUAUUUUGGUAAAAAUUACACUAAUCGAUCCUAUGGAAAAACAGAUGCCUCCUAUUUUGGUAUGCAAGUACUGAUUGAUCGAUUGCGAUCGAUUGAAAAUCUUCGUCAUCAAUCGCAAUCCUAGGUAUGCGAGUACUGAUUGAUCGAUUGAGAUCGAUUGAAAGUCUUCGUAAUCAAUCCUAGAUAUGCGAGUACUGAUUGAUCGACUGAGAUCGAUUGAAAUACCUCGUAAUCAAUCCUAUGGAAAAACAAAUGCCUCCUAUUUUGGUAAGUAUGCAAGUACUGAUUGAUCGAUUGAGAUCAAUUGAAAAUAUUCGAAAAUUUGGCAAAGAUAUUUAUACUUUCUAUAGUAUACUGGUAAGAAAGUAAGACAACAAUCAUGAUACCGUUGGCGACAGCGAUGUCGAGGCAUCCCAUGCUAUCCUACUCUUCUGAAGCAAAAAUUUUAAUUUUGUAAGUACUUAUUACAACUGUAAUAUCGUUCAUCUACUCCUUCAAAUUACGACGAUCUCCGUAACCCUGCUUCAGUACACUCUUCCUUGGUACUAGGACGAUGAUGCUUUCGUCCAUACAUGCACAUGCCACGAUAGACCAUGUUCGACCUCGAAUCCCAAUCCCUGCAAAUGCAACCUUCCCAAAUUCGGAGUCUCACGUAUGUACUUACUUUUUGCCCAAAUUCGUAGCCUCACGUAUGUACUUACUUUCUUUGUUAAGUACUGGGAUGAUGCUUUCAUCCAUCGCUGUAUACCUGCAACAUGACGCACGUAGUAUAUUCUUCAUGCAAUGCAUCCAAGAUGAGCUUUCGUAUCCAUGCCUCAACCAUUUCUUAGCUCUCCCCCAUCGCCAUCCAUG